AUGCGAAAAGUCAGCCACGAAGUCUUAUCCUGUCUCGGGCACUUUGCGCACGGAAAGCUCAAGCAGCACUUCAUAUCCGUGGGCUUCGCAGGAGACGUGAUUCGAAUCUCGAUCACAGCUGUCAGCCUCGUUGGCCUGUCUAUCAACUGGGGCGCAUUUCAGACCCAGCAAGAGCUGCAGUUGAUCUUCGCUUGCACUGGCUUCCUCCGGUGGCUCCGUGUUCUCAACAGCCUCAAAGGAUUUGAGAGCACUGGCAAGCCGAUGCUGCCAAUUUUGCAAGCUGUGCCGGCUACGGGCCCCUUCUUUUUCGUGGUCUUCUGCUGGUUUGCUGCCUUUGUGCAUUUGUAUUACUCUUUCGGGCUGGGAGACUUCUGGAGUGGCACCACAAUUCUGUACAAUCUCGGGUUCCUAGCGGAAACCUCGGAUGUGAUGCUGCCAGCGGGUGACAACGCUGCCCAGUGGCGUUUGUUGGUGGACUUUGUUAUCAUGGUCAUGAGCUUCAGCAUGUCCAUUAUCUUGCUCAAUGUGCUCAUCGGCGUUCGCGCGGAGAGCUACAACCGAGGUGCCUUCUGA